GAGAUAACGGUAGGACGUCAGAAAAAGCCAAAGGCCAAUGCUAAAAUCAAAAACAAAUUGGGAGAAAAAAAGAGCAGGCCAUUGGUAUAUAUUUUUUCUUGCUUUAUUUUUUAUUGAAUUAGGUGUGGAGAAGCAGAAGAACUUUGGCGAAAACCAAAGGAUUUUAACAUGGGUAGCCUUUACGCUCUAGAUUUUGAUGGCGUUUUAUGUGACAGCUGUGGGGAGAGCUCCAUCUCUGCCUUCAAGGCAGCAAAAGUUAAAUGGCCGGAGCUUUUCACGGGAAUCGAACCUGAGACCGAGACUUGGAUUCUUGAUAACAUGCGUACUGUUCGACCAGUAGUUGAGACUGGGUAUGAGAAUCUAUUGCUUGUACGCCUUUUAUUGGAAAUGAAGAUGCCUGUCAUCCAAAAAUCUUCGGUUGUGCCUGGACUGAAUGUUGAAGGAAUAUUGGAGAACUGGUCAAAAUUGAAACCUAUUAUAAUGAAAGAAUGGGAUGCAAAAAAGGAAGAGCUAGUAGACCUUUUUGGAAAAGUCAGGGAUGAUUGGAUGGAACAGGACCUUUCAAGUUGGAUCGGAGCUAACAGAUUCUAUCCUGGGACUGCAGAUGCUAUUAGGUUUGCUAGCUCAAAAAUUUAUAUUGUCACUACCAAACAGACUAGGUUUGCAGAAGCUUUAGUGCGGGACUUGGCUGGAGUCAAUAUUCCACCUGAUAGGAUAUAUGGUCUAGGAACAGGACCAAAAGUUGAGGUGCUGAAGGAGCUUCAAAGCAAACCUGAACAUUCUCAAAUGUCACUGCAUUUUGUGGAGGAUAGGCUUGCAACAUUAAGGAAUGUGAUUAAGGAACCAGAGCUGGAUAAGUGGAACCUUUAUCUUGGCACAUGGGGUUACAAUACUCCAGCUGAACGCAAGGAAGCAAGUAAUUUUUCUCGCAUCAGUCUUCUGGAUUUGUCUGAUUUUUGUGCCAAGCUGAAGUAAAAUAUAAUUAAUGAGAUUCUAUCUACAUGGACUCGGGUUUGGAUAACCAGGCCUCAAUCUAUUCACUUUCAUUUUCUUUUAUGAGAAUACUUUCAGAUCUACAUAUAUGAUGUGAGAAUUCUGAUUCAUUGCUAUGCCUUAUAUGCUCAACAUUUGUAAUUUGAUGAAUUUCACACCAGUAAUUUGAUGCCUAGAAAAGGACUCACGUUCCAGAAUAAAAUUUAUGUAGCUAAAAGUAAAUCUCAUGUUAGAAUAGUGCUCCAUCAGCUAGUCAACAAAUAUUUAGAAUUUACGAUGCAGCAACAUCAAUUGUAGAGUUGCUUUACACAACAUUUAGUUGCUCUUAUUCUUUGCAGGAUGGUGGCUCCUUUUAUUUUGGCUCCUUUAUUUUUUGUUACAGCAUUUGAGCCCUAACCAGCUCUUCAGAAGGAAAGCUUUCAUAUUCCUCUAGAAGUUUCA